GUGGAAAGAUAUUGGAAAGUAGUGACUUGACAAAAAUUUGUUUUGUUUUUAUUCUUCCGGUUUUAGGGACUUUUCUCAUAAUAAUGGAUUCCCUGGAACUCUACUCCUUAGCUCAGCAGGAUUACCAUGAAUUGGAGAUUCUUUUGAGUGAGAAACCCGAUUUAGUCAAGAAGAAAGACAAGAACGAACGAUCUCUCCUCCACUGGGCUGCUCUGGCGGGCAGGGAGCAGCUUGUGGCACAACUUCUCGCCUCUGGAACAACAUUCCUCAAUGAUGGCGAUGACACAAAUGCCACACCACAGAUCCUCGCCACCCUUGGGGGUCACCUCAACGUUCUGAAGCUUCUAGUGUCCAAGGGUGCCAAUAUAGCGGAUAAGAAUUGGCAUGGACACACUUCCCUUCAGUAUGCUUGCUCCAAAGGGCACCGAGACAUCGUUGAGUACCUCCUGGAGCUGGGUGCCGAUGUGAAUGUACGCGAUGAUCGCAACGAUACAUGCCUCCACCGCCUAGCCUCCACAGGACGUUGUGACAUCCUCGAAAUGCUCCUGAAGUGCCCACAGAAAAUUGAUCUCAACGCCCAGAAUGCCGAAGGAGACACCCCAUUGCACAUUGCGUGCCAGGAGAAGCAACUUGAGUGCGUGGCGCGAUUAGUUGAGCACGGAGCUUCCGUGCACAUCCUGAAUAAGGAGAAAAAGUCCCCACUAGAGUAUUGUCCACCACGCGUUCGUCAAGAAAUCCUCGAGAAGCUGAACUUGGUUGCGGCUGAAACACCCGCAUCAUCUUAAAAAAUCAUUUAACUGGAAUACUUUUUUUUAAUCUCUGUCAAUGAAAUAAAUAAAAUGAUUAUUUUCUUUUACAAA